UUCAACCACACCCCUCUCAUCUCGAUUAAAUCACCUUGACUCGCAGUAUCAAUUGCGACCGACAACAUGCUCCUCGCACUUCGUAGCCUCGUUGCCAUGGCGGCAACAGCUUAUGCCUCUGCUCCUGUCAAUGCCGCCGCCGACACUCCAUUAACUCCGCUGGCCCAAGAACACUUCAUCGUGGACCUUCCCCACUACCGCGACCCAACCCCAAUCUCGUUUGGAAUGUACGCCGGCCGCAUGCCAUUGCCUAGCAACGGACAAGAGAUGUUUUACUGGUACGUUGAAUCCAAGGACAACCCUGACGUGGACCCGUUGGUGUUGUGGCUCAACGGCGGGCCAGGCUGCUCGUCGCUCGGCGGGAUGUUCACGGAGCUCGGUCCGUUUGUCGUCGAGAGCGACCUCACCGUCAAGCUGAACCCGUACGCGUGGAACCGCAAGGCGAACGUUGUGUUUUUGGAGUCGCCCGCGGGGGUGGGCUUUAGCCAGCCGCAGUUGAACCAGUCCGACUACAACGACGACUUUACCACGGACCGUAUUGCCGAGUUUCUCGAGCAAUUUCUCCUCACGUAUCCGUCGUUGCAGCAACGACCGCUGUACAUUACGGGCGAAAGCUACGCAGGCAUCUACAUUCCGUACCUUGUGCACACAUUGGUCACGGCCAAGGCAACCCCCCAUCAGCAGCAGCAGCAGUACCCCCCUCACCAUCACGGGCGUCGACGAGGCGGGGGGGGGGUCUUUACCCCUCGGUUCCCUACCAUCAACCUCCGCGGGUACGCCAUCGGCAACCCCUUCACGGACGCCGACAUUGACGGCAAUGCAUACAUGGACUACUUUUACGCCCACGCGUUGAUCUCCAUGGAAAACUACAACGACAUGGUGGACAAGUGUGAAUCGGAGAUCGGCCAGUGCAUGUUCACUUCGGUCAACUGCUCGGCGCCGUGCCAAGCCGCGAUUGACGAGGGCAUCGUCGCCGCGGACACGGCUUACUUUAACCCGUACUACAUCUACGGCGAUGUGUGCCUGCUCUCCAACAACCAAGCCGACAUGCUACAUUUCCGAAAGCGCAUGGAUUACCAGCCCAUGCACCGUGGAAAGAUCGAACCGUGUACGGACAAGUACACUGAAAAGUACUUGAACUUGGCCGUUGUCCAGGAAGCUAUUCAUGUCAAGACAUCGAGCGGGGCGUCACCACUGUUUGCAUGGGCAGACUGCAACAUGGACAUUGCCGAGGGGUACAAUCGAUCUCUUUCUGCCCUGCCCAAGUACAAGACCAUUCUUAAGCACAAUUUGACGGCGCUGAUUUACAGUGGGGACGCGGACGCCGUGGUCAACUUUAUCGGGACCGAGCGGUGGAUUGCCAGCCCCAACGGCUUGCAUUUGCCCGUGACGCAAAAGUGGAAGUCAUGGUUUGGUCCCGACCAGCAGCUCGCAGGGUACACGCAAGAGUACCAAGGCCUGACGUUCAAAACGGUCAAGGGUGCAGGCCACAUGGUACCUAUUCAAACCACUAGGACUCGGUAUUGAGUAGUACCUACUCAUUAGGUCCCUGCCAUUCGACCGCUGCAUGCGUUGUACAUGUUUGAAUGCUUUUUGUACGGUGAUACAACGUGCAACACGUUCGCGUACCCCCAAGACAACCUCGAGUACCUGACGGGGGAAGUGGACGACGCAGACAACCUCACCUCUGUGAUUGCCACCAAGUUGGAGUCUACGAAUGACAUGGCAGCACGUGGAGCGAGUAGUAGUAGCAGUACCUUGUGGACCGUGGUGGUGGGAACGGGGGCGGGCGUCGCAGCGUUUGUGGCCUUGCAAGUCAUGACCACUGCUACCCGUCGAUCGACGUAUUCGGCGUUGUAGAACACGAGGGCUAUGAGCAUGCUAUUUUGUUUUAACAAAGUUCACAAUGUCAAGCGUCCCUUUGGAAGGCUACCAUUGAUGUCAAGAGACAGUCUACUUUGUAAAUACUAUAUAGUGACGUUGAUCUGCCAUCGGCAGCGACCAGCA